CGUAUGGAAGAUGGUCGUCGGAUGUUCCAAGUCUUCGCAGCUAGAAUGUUUGAACAGCGUGUUCUCCAAGCUUACCGUGAAAAGGUGGCUCAAGAGCGUCAGCUGCAAUUGCUCCGCGAACUUGAGGAGGAAGACAAGGUUGCAGCCGACAAGGAAGCUAAGAAAGCUAAAGAGAACCAACGUAAAAAAGACAAGAAGCGC